AAGCACCCAAAAUUUCACGGAUACAAGCAAACUAAAUAAAUAAAUAAAUAAACAAACCCCUAUAAAAAACCCCAAAUCUAUUAAAUCAAAGGUACAUAUCAAUCGAAAAAAUGAACAAGCUAAGCAGUAGUACUCCCAUUUUGCUAGCUCUGGUUCUCUGCAUUAGCCUAACCUCUGUUACCAACGCGCAACAAUGCGGAAGGCAAAGGGGCGGAGCAUUAUGUGGUGGCAACUUGUGUUGCAGUCAAUUCGGGUGGUGUGGAUCGACGCCCGAAUAUUGUUCACCUAGCCAAGGUUGCCAGAGCCAAUGCAGAGGUGGACCAACUCCAACUCCGACUCCAGGUGGUGGUGCACAAGUUCGAGCAACGUAUCAUAUAUAUAACCCGCAGAAUGUUGGGUGGGAUUUGAAUGCUGUUAGCGCUUACUGUUCAACUUGGGAUGCUAAUAAGCCUUACUCAUGGCGGAGUAAGUAUGGCUGGACUGCUUUUUGUGGUCCUGUUGGACCACGUGGUAGAGACUCCUGCGGAAAGUGCUUAAGGGUGACAAAUACACGUACAGGAGCUCAAACAACGGUCAGAAUCGUGGAUCAAUGCAGCAAUGGCGGACUAGAUUUGGACAUUAACGUUUUUCGACAAAUCGAUACAGAUGGAGUGGGAAAUCAACAAGGACACCUUAUUGUGAACUACCAAUUUGUUAAUUGCGGUGACAAUGUGAAUGUUCCUCUGCUAUCUGUUGUUGACAGAGAAUGAGAAACAACUACAUAUACGGCUCUGUUUGUUCUGAUGAUUGUAUUAUUAGGUAUAAAAGUCGUCUUUAUUUGAUGAUUUUAAUAAGAAUAAAAGAAAAAAAUGAAAAAGAAAAUUUCAUAUGAUCUUUUGAUCAUGAAUGUCUUCAUUUAAGAAAAAAUGAGUUGAAGUGUGUAUUGUAUUUCUGAUCAUUUUGUACUCAACUAUUAUGAAUUUUAAAAAAAAAAUUCGAACAACUCUUGUUUGGAAAAU